UUCAAAUCGUUAACACUUUCUUUCUCCUCACAGUAUAGAUUCAGUUAUCGCAAUGAAAGUGAACACAACAUAUCUUCCACAGUGCUUGUUCUUCCUUGUCCUAUUCUUCCUCUUGUUUUUCUCCCUGUUCAUCUUUUUUAUCCUAGCUUUCUCAACCUACUAUGAGAUACCAUUAGAUUCUCCCUCUUCUCAGUCAUAUUAUCCCCCUUUUAACCCUCAUCCUUCUUCUAAUUUCCCUGUUCAACUUUCUACUUCUUUUUCGUCCUCCUCUUCUUCUUCUUCUUCCUCUUCAUCAUCAUCAUCCUCUUCCUCUUCUUCAUUUUCGUCUACUUCUCCUCCUUUCACUACUUCUUCUGCUGCACCUCCGCCUCUUCAUCCAUCACCUCCCCCUCCACCUCCUCUUCAUCCUUCUCAGUCUUCCAUCCACCUUCUUCCAGAACGGCCUCUUCCUUCUUACCAUCCUCCUGUCCCUCCACCACCCUCUGUUCCUGAAUUUCCUUAUUCGAAUCCUCCUCUGAUUCCUCUCCCAUCUGAUCCACCUCUCCCAAGGCUUCCACUAUCUCCUCUUUCUGAGAUCGCUCCUCCAAUCUCAGAUUCUUCCACCACCAAAGCUUAUUCUAGUCAUACCCCUGUAGUUUCUCUAGCCUCUGAGGUUUCUCUCCCACUUGACCCUGAAGUUCCAACAAAAUCCGAGCUUCAAAUUCUUCCUUCCUCAUCUACAUCUGUAGUUUCCCUUUCGAAUUCUUCCCUUUCUGUCCCUCCACCUUACAACUCUUCUGUUCCUGGAGUGAUACUCUCUGCUUCUAAUCCUCAAAUCAUUCCUGGAGUGACUCAACCUAGUUAUCCUUCUAUUCACUCUGGGCUCCCACUUUACAAUUCUUCUUCUCCUAUACCAUCCAUCCCUGAUUCUCAAACCAAUCCUGAAGUGGAUCAACCAAGUUAUCCCUCCACUGAUUCUGAGCUCCCACUUACAAAUUCUUCUAUCCCUGAUCUAUUUCUCCCUGAUUCUCAAACCAAUCCGGAAGUGACUCACCCUAGUUAUCCUUCCACUUACUCUGAGUUCCCACCUUCGAACACUUCCACUCCUGGAGAGUUUUCACCUGAUACUGAUUCUUCAUCCAUCCAUAAAGUCUCUCAAGAGACUUCCACCGACUCUGACCUCAUAUUUGAUGAUUUCCCUCUGGUUCCUGAAGUUACACUUCCUGAUUCUUCCCUCACAGAUCCUGAAACUUCCCUCCUUGAUUCUGAGCUACCUUCUUCAGACUCUGAGCUACAUAUUCCAGAUUCUGAGGAAUCUCUUCCAGACUCUUCCAUUCCUGAAACUCCACUCCUAGAAUACUCCCCACUUUCUGAUAUCCCACUCACUGAUCUCCCUCCUGCAUCCGAACCUCCAUCUAUCUCUGGAAUAUCUCCUAUUCCUCAACCUUCACUUUUUGAUCGUCGGUCCUCUCCUAUCAUUCCAAAACUUCCUCUACUACCUGUUCCUAGGCUUCCAUUACCCUCAUUCCCCCACCCCAACCCUACUAGAAAAUUGCUAUCCCCACUUGUUCCUCAAACCUUCAGUAGCCUUCCGUUGAAACAUUCCAAUAUUCACUCUGGUCUUCUUGCAUCUCAUACACCUCCAACCAAUGGGAACCUUCAUAGGAAUUCAAAGCUCAAAUUGAAAUUCCCCACACCUUCGAUUCAAGCUUACUAGUGCCGCACUGUAGAAUGUACCUAGUAGUUCUUACUUGUAAGUUAUUGUUUCCCCAUCAAAUUCUUUACAUUCUUCGUCGGCUUUUCUUCAUCCUCUUUUACAUCAUCCUCAUAAUCUUUUUCCUCUUUCAAAUACUUCUAUGUUUUCUCAACUCCAAUCCUCAUAGCCUUGACUAAACCUCUAUUUUCAUAAAUUGACUUGCUGGCAUCAACCUGAUAUUUAUUUCACUCUAUUUCUUUUUUUAACAAAAAACUCCUUGUCAUAAAUAAUAUCUUCCAUCCCAACAAACGUAUUCCAAAUUGUAACUGUUUACCUCCAUCCAGUCUCAAACCAAUUUAAAAUCAACCUAAUUGAUAUGGAACCCUCAACUAAGACGAAAGUGAUACUUUAUUCAGCUUCAGCUGCGUUUCAAUCCUCGUUAUGGGACAAAUGAUAAUGCUGUGGAUGAAUAUAAAAAGCUAAAAAAGUUGGCCAUGCCUGAUACAGCUGAAUCUCAUGAGCCAACUUCCCUGCAAGACUCAAACAAUUUUCUGCCCACAACAGCGGUCAAUCUCACUAGUGACUCCCAAACUGAGAUUAAUGAAGAACCAAUGGACCAAACAAUCGGAAAUCAGCAUGGGAAUAUCUUGAAGAAUCUGUUUGGAAAGAACUGGAAGAAACAACUUUGUGAAAGUGUUGAAGCAGAUGAUGAUACUGGCGGAGAAGUUGAAACAAUCGAAGAAAAUGGUAAAAGUGAAAAUACAAAACCAGUGAAAGUGAAUAAGAAUAUUGUAGAAGAUGCAAGUGAAAGGGAAAAAGUGGAUGUAAAACUUAAUGGAAAUUCAAGUCGCGAACGGGAUUUGAAAAAAGUGAUUCAUUGUCACGAUAAAGAUGCGCGGUCUUUGACAGAGAAACGUGGCAAUUAUUGGGUGCUAUAUAACUAUGUUAUGGCAGAGGGACGCAGGCCACACUGUUGGGAGAGUAUCACCUACACUACUCAUACGGAAUACACCUUUCUGGACAAUGUGGAGCCUGUGGUUGAGAGGUGGCGUGGUCCAGUUUCCGUUGCGGUUUACGCGCCAGGAACCGAUUUCAAUCAAACACUCGACAGUAUCAGGUAUCUCCGACAAUGCGGUUCUGAGUUGAUAAGAGACUUUGUCUCAUUCCAUAUCUACUUCCCUCAAGAGCACAUGCCCAAACAUAGGCCUAUUCCGCACGGCGACCAGAUUCUGCAAGCUGGCCAAACCGAUUGCAGAAUGCCAGCCCCGUGGGUGAAUCGAACCCGUGUUUUGUAUCGGAAGCAGAACAAUCUGCUGUACAUGGUGAAUGUGGGCCGGAACAUAGCCCGAGUGGCUGCUACCACUCACUAUAUACUGUCUUCCGAUAUCGAACUGUAUCCAAGUCUUGGUAUGAUCGACCAAUUCUUCGACAUGUUGCUUCGACAGGAGCCAGUGCUCAAGAGAAACAAACCAAAAGUGUUUGUUCUGCCACUAUUCGAAGUGAAUAAAACAAUGCAGGUGCCAAAUAACAAGGAUGAGUUGGGUUACAUAAUGUGUGUGAAGGAAUACGAGUUCUUAAUUCUGGACAAUGCAUUCUUGGUUCAUAGACCAGGUAUUAAAGAAAUCGUCAAAGAUCCUGUAAAAGAUAAACUGGUUAAAAUAAAUAAUGCACUCGUCUAUUCUAUCAGACCGGAGAUUGCGGUAUUGUAUGGUUCACACCAGGACUGUUACCUCAUCACCACAUGAUUUGGGUUCAAUUAAAACUAACAGUGAUAUGGUAAUAUUGAUCUAAUUGCAUUGUAGGCUACAUUUUACUGACAUCAUUAUAUCUAGUUAUCAAGUUUUGAUAACUACAUAUCAUUUUGAUUGAGAGAAAUUUAUUUAUUUCAUUCCAAUUCUACUUUAUUGAGUAGGCCUAUAGGCUACAACCUCAAAAAACUGAAUUACUUUUGUUUUAAACGUGAAACGUAUAUUGACAAUAUAUAAUCCACUUUUUUUGUAUUUGAACAUGACAUGCAGUCAAUUUAUUAAGUAAAUAAUUAAAAACUUUUCCUUACUGACUGAAGUACUUUCGACCGUCUAGCGAUCAUUUUCAACAGUGCAGACCGGAAAUGUUUUGACGGUUAGGAAGAUUGUGGUGUUUAUUAUGUGAUCAAAAAGUUUGUUGGAUUUGAAAUUCAGCAGUUUAUUUAGUAUGUUGUUACUGUCUGGGAUGGUGGCUUUAUAAAUUUCAAACUGUUCUGUUGUAUUUAAUUCAUGUCCAUUUCUUUUUACUUUCAGUAUUGUGAGGUAUUGUGAGGUUAUAAUAUAUAAUUAUUUUUCAAUUAUUUGUGAAAUCAAUAAUAAUAAUAAUAAUAAUUAAAAAUGAAUUCCCUUGAAGAGAUUCCAAAACUUUGAUAUGUGAUCUACAAACUUUAUCGUAGAUAUUUUGGAUCUAAGUAUUUUCAUAACUAGGCUAAUGGUUUUAUCCAAUGAUUGUCAUCAAUUUUCUUGUUAAUAGAACAAAUUCAUGAAUCAGAUUCAAAUUUCAAGCUCUAGUUCACUCCCUUUUGAUCAUUGAAGAGUUAUCAUAUUGAUAGUUAUAGUUUUUUCUCUUGUUAUAUAAUAGAACAAAUUCAUGAAUCAGAUUCAAAUUUCAAGCUUUAGUUAACUCCCCUUUGAUCUAUUGAAAAGUUAUCAUAUUGAUAAAUUCCAAAGUUAGUAAACAGAAAGUCUACUAACCCUGGAUAAAUUCUACUCCUAGCUCCUUAGU